AGUCUGCUAAUCAAUUAAUAAGAUAGAUUAUAGCGCGUAUAGUUAAAUUUAUCAGUAAACUCACAAAAAUCAAUUACAUCAGCUACCGUUCUUAUCCAACGACUGACUCCUUAGAAGAAGACGACGAUGACGAAAGCAUUACAAUUAGCUAGAGCAUUAGUUCCAGAGUUGUCGCCUUCUUUACAUAAAGGACAAGCUGGAAGGCUAGGUGUCGUAGGUGGCAGCAAGGAUUACACUGGUGCACCAUUCUUCUCUGCUAUGGCAGCUAUGAGGAUUGGUGUUGAUCUUGCUCAUAUAAUCUGUGAACCAAAAGCUGGUGAUGUUAUCAAAACCUAUGCACCUGACUUGAUAGUACAUAGAGUAUUAGAUCAAAAUGCUCCAAUUGAAGAAAUACACCAAAGUGUCGAUGACGUCGUAUCGAGACUACACGUACUCGUCGUUGGCCCUGGAUUAGGAAGGGAUGAUCACAUGCAAGCAUGCGCUGGAGCAGCUAUAUCAAUCGCUAAAAAGCGUGACAUCGGUCUCGUUAUUGACGCGGAUGGCCUCUGGUUUGUUAAUAACAACAUUGACGCUAUAAAAGGAUAUAAGAAAGCAAUUUUGACACCAAAUGUUAUGGAAAUGAAGCGUCUUUGUGAAAAGUUGUCUAUCAAUCCAGAUGAGGUGAAAGAGGAAGACAUAGCAAGCAAAGUUUCAGAGUUACUCGGCGGUGUCACUGUAUUAGAGAAAGGAGGAGUUGAUAGGAUAACAAACGGCUCGAAAACACUUACCGUUGACGCAAGUGGAAGCCUGAAGAGAUGCGGUGGACAAGGAGAUAUACUGAGUGGUGCUGCAGGUACACUCCUCGCAUGGGGAAGUGUCUACGCGAAAGGUAUAGGAAGCGACAAAGAUAUAAAAGUUCCACAUGAGGAUAUUCCACUAUAUGCAGCAUAUGGUGCCUCCACAUUUACGAGAGAAUGUAGUCGACUGACGUUUGAAGAAAAGGGAAGAAGUAUGAUAACCCAGGAUAUGCUUAAGAAUGUUAGUAAAUCCUACGAAGAAAUACUGUCACCUUCAAAAAACUUGUAAUUUACCUCUUUAUUCGAUACUGUCAUAAU